AUGUACGCCGGGAGGAAGAGGAAGAAGCCGGUGCCGAAGAGCCCCAAACCACCACCCCCUGAGGGUGUGAAGUCCAACCCUUCCAAGCGGCAUAGAGACAGGCUCAACCAGGAGCUGAACAAGCUGACUGGCUUGCUGCCCUUCCCCGAAGAUGUGUGCACCAGGCUCGAUAAGCUCUCCAUCCUCCGACUGGCUGUUGGGUACCUGAAGGUGAAGAGCUACAUGAUGGCCACAGCUACGAAUGUUGGUGACCGCAUGCUGGAUCAGCCCAGAGCCCCAGGAGGGGAUGGACGGAUGGACCUGCAGGUCAACAGGGAGCUGUUUCCUGAGGGGGAACUGCUGCUCCAGGCACUCAAUGGAUUUGUCAUUGCUGUGACUGGAGAUGGCUACAUCUUCUACAUCUCCUCAACUGUGCAGGACUACCUGGGCUUUCAUCAGUCAGAUCUCAUCUACCAGAGUGUGUACGAGCUGAUCCAUACAGACGACCGAGCCACCUUCCACCGCCAGCUGCACAGGGACCCAGUGUCUGGCAGCACCCAGCACGCUGCCAACGCCCUUCCCGGUGACCAGGCGCUGCCGGCCACGUCCAGCCCCCAGCAUCUCUGUCCUGAGAAGCCGUCCUUUGCGGACAGGAGCUUCACCUGCCGCUUCCGCUGCUUGCUGGAUAACUCCUCGGGAUUUCUGGCCUUGAAUUUCUGCGGCCGCUUGAAAUUCCUUCUGGGGCAGCAGAAGGCGGCAUCGGAUGGGUCCCCGCUUGCGCUCUUUGCCAUCGCAACUCCCCUCCGGUCACUCUCCAUCCUGGAGCUUCGGACCAAGACGCUGAUCUUCCAGACAAAGCACAAGCUGGAUUUCACUCCUGUGGCCUGUGAUUCCUGGGGGAAGGUUGUCCUGGGGUACACAGAAACAGAGCUGUGCAGGAGGGGGUCCGGGUACCAGUUUGUGCACGCGGCUGACAUGAUGUACUGCGCGGAGAACCACGUGAGAAUGAUGAAGACGGGAGAGAGUGGGCUGACUGUUUUCCGGCUGCUGACCAAGAAGGGCAGCUGGGUGUGGUUGCAGGCCAAUGCCCGGCUGGUGUACAAAGGGGGCAAGCCCGACUGCAUCAUCGCCCGGCAGCGAGUCCUGUCGAAUGAAGAAGGGGAGGAACAUCUGUGGAAGAGAAACCUGCAGCUGCCUUUUAGCUUUGCCACGGGGGAAGCAGUCCUAUAUGGGAAUGACCUUCCUGAGUUCCUGGACUCCUUCCAGGCUAAGGAGGAGUUGCAGACACAAGCAAAAUCCCAUUCAAAGCAGCACUCAGUAGACCCCAAUUCUCUUCUUGGGGCCAUGAUGAAGCAGGAUGCAUCCAUAUACAUCUCCCAUGCUGAUAAUGUGCCUCAGUUCUUGCCAGAUCUCAUCAUUGAGCCUGAUGGACUGAGCCAGCAUGAGGAAGUCAGUGAUGCCAAGGAGGACAGCGACUCCCUUCUGGUUGUUUUUGAAACCCUCUUUGAGAAGAGCAAGGUGGAUGGAAACAUCUGCCAGACCCUCCAGAGCUUCAACAUGGACAAUGCAGAGCUGCAGCGGUGGGAGGAGACUCUGCUUAGCUUGGGUGCAGCGGAGAAGCCUCCUGCUCAGGAGGUUGGAGAGAGGCUGGGCACUGAGGUGACAUCCUAUGUGGAGCAGAUGCUCCUCAGGGAGGAUGCUGGGAAGAGCACUGACUUCCCAUGCUGCAGCGCAUCCCCCUGCAAUGAGGAAGACAGCGCUGUGGCUCAUUUCCAGCACUGCUGGGCAACUAAUUCAGUGUUUCAAGCCCCACCACAGGCCCAGGCACCUGGUGCACAAGGCCAAGAUGCUGCCGUCUCUCUAGUCUCCAUUACAUCUGAGGUCAGCUCUGCUCAACCAGACCAGCAGGUCCCAUUUAACCCAGCCGGGCUGGUGGGCAGGACUGUUCUGGAUGUCCCAGGCUCCAGCAGCAAGCCCUCUGUAGCACUUCAGCUGGCAAACCUGGGACAAGUGUUUCAAACAGAAGUUACCACCUCUGCUCCUGUAGAUAAUGCUGUUCCUGAUGAUCAGAGCCAGCCUGGGUGUGAGCUGGUGGGCUCAAGCUGCCCACCUUCAUUGCAUUCAAAUGCACUAAUGACUCGGUGGCACAACGUCCUGGUCCAGGCAAACCCAGCCCAUGCUUUGGGUCAGAGCACUUCUCCUGGAGGUUGUCCAUCAGAAGCUUGGAUGACCACAGCUUCAAAACAGCUGGAAGGAGCAGGGACACACCUGGAGUCACAAAUUUUGGUGGCCAGCAGCCCUGAGAGUCCCCCCGGGGCUGGGCUGUGGGUGCUGCCCUCCCAACCUGCUCCUUGCUCUGCGCAGGGCUUGCAUGAGUCCUUGUUCGCUGGGGACCUCUGUGAUGAGGAGGCUGCUCUACCCGCACAAGUGUCAGCACCCUUAGGUGUCAGCCAGCUGCCAGGGGAUGGUGUCUUCCCCAAACAGUCCCCGAUACUGCCCCCGGCGCCCAGCCUUUCUUGGGAAGGGGAGCAGGACAAGUGGUUCAUGCAGCACCAGCCGUGGCUCCUGCAGGCUGGGGCAGCUCCUCAGAGAUGUGGUGGGGCAGGUCCAGUGCAACACAGCAGACUCCUUCUGGGGUCCAACAUGGGUCCCAGCACCCACCAGAUGGACCAGAUGUUGCUGCCUGAGUGCCAGUACAGAAAUAACCUUUUUGGACAUGAGAGUGCCUUUCUUAGGGAUGCUUAAAGUGUCCCUUCCCCAGCAGCUGGGUGCUUUGCCUUGCCCCGGUGAGAGCCACCCUGGA